GCUCAAGUGAACUACGUCUUGUUUAUGCACACACACACACACUCUCUCUCUUUUGAGAAGGAUGCGCGACAACAAAUAGGAAGAAAAUGAACAUAUCUCCACGAGUUCUCAAAUUAACAUUGGCCUGUGUCGUAGGCAUGGUUACCAUCGUCAUGGUCAACAAUUGGUACCGCUCAAAAAACAUUAUAAUUCAGAACAAUGCAUUAACAGGCCAACAAAUAUCGCCGAAUAAGAAACAAUCUGGAAACGUUCAACCUCCGCUUGCAUUCUUGGAUAGUAACAAUGUUCCACAACAGAAGAAGAAUAUCUACAAUCCACCCCCGCCUAAAAUCGAAAUAAAAAGGAAACCAACAAAAUGUGGCGAAACUGACGAUGACUUUCGAUAUUCUGGAUUGGAGACCGUCAAACCUUUGACUGAAAGAGUGUCAGAAAAAUUUCGAAGCAAGGAAGCAUCUUGUACACAAAAGAAUUUUCCGAAACCAAACGAUAAGCUGACUCCCGAAGAAACGAGACGAAAAACUGAAUGCGUAAAAAACUGGGUUAGGGAUCACAGACAGGGAAGUGGUUCGUUCUGGACGGGGACUGUUCAGUAUGUUCGUCACUCACACCACACCUACCUAAAUGAGGAUAGCACCGUUUUUGACAUCGGCGGAAAUAAAGGCGAAGAUGCAGAGGCCAUGAUAAAAAGAUAUCAUCCCGGAACUUACGUCAUACUUGAGCCGAUCAAAACCCUGUUCUCUAAUCUGGUUAAGAUGUUUAAAAGCAACGAUAAAGUCACAUUAUAUAACUUUGGUCUAGCAAAGAAAGAUGACAAGUUCUACGUUAAUGUCUUGGGCCAUGGAGGAGAUGCAACAUCCAUUUUUGCCGGAAAUGACAAUGGCGGGAGUUGUUUGUUACGUGUCGUAAAUACAACUCAGUUUCUCUUACAGGUCGGGGUUCCUUGUUACGAAGUGGACCUGAUAACGGUCAAUUGUGAAGGGUGUGAAUUUGAAAUAAUGGAGGAACUUAUAGCAAGUGGAAUGGUUGGUCAGUUUAGACAUGUACAAUUUGCUACACACCCUACUUUGAAACAUCUGAAAAAUGCCCCAGAAAGAUACUGUGAAAUUCAAGAAAAACUUAAAAGGACUCAUAAAGUCUCGUAUCAGUAUAAAUGGUGCUGGGAAAGUUGGACACGGAAGGACGUUGUGUACAUGUAGUUAUUGGAAGAGAAAGUGUCAUAGACGGAUUUAGAAAAUUAGUUAUAAUGUUUAUCAAUGAGUUACAUGUAUAAAUUAAAAUGACUUUUAAGGUCUAUUUUUUUAUUCAUCUUACUGUCAACCUGAAGCAUUUGUUAUCCGUCCGUUUGCGGUUGGUUUUCUACAAUGCAGUGAUGAAGCAAACUAAUGCAUCAUUUCAGUCAUGCAUUUUUGGAUAAAUGUUACGCAAAUGUGCAGUAUGCAAAUGAUUUCAUGAUUUACAAAUUGUACGUCACAUAAAUGUACACAGUGUAAAUGGUCCUGCCCGGUCUCAAAUAGAACUCAUUUUACUUUGUUAGUCCCAAAUAUCUUCAGAUUACGUGAAUGUUGGAAGAAUGCAACAAUUUUAUGUUACAUAUGUAUGCAUGUAUACGUAUGAGUGCAUUGGUGCCGCAAUGAAACUUUUUUUUUUUUUGGCACUCAUCUGUAAGCGGCCGUGUAAAGUGUAAAGUAAUGCUCGGUUAAACCUUGGAGGCAACUUUCAAAGCUACCAUACUCAUUCCAUUUUUUUUUUUAAAUGCUAAUGCAUGUUUGUGUAUGUACAUAUGUACACGUACGUACUUGAAGUUAAAGCAAAUUUACUUUGAAAUAAAUGUACUUUUGUUAUGAUUAUAUAAAUAAAGCAUGUAAAUUUCUUGUAUACAA